AUAGCUCCUAGAUCCUAACAAAAAUCAAGAAAUAGACAAAUAAUUUGCCAUCAAUUUAAAUCCCACGGAAUAUUUACCCAAUAAAAUGCAAAAUCACGAUUAGACUGUGAUAAUGAGAGAGAACAAAAUGCAUCAUCAAGCUUGUCACUGUUCUGUCCCAAAUCCAACAUCUACUCUCCCACUCUACUCAAACGCCAACGGUUCCACUUCCCGUUCUCCAACAAUCACCUCUUUCAACCUUAUAAAACCAUCAAAAACCACUCGGAUUCGAAACCAAACCAUGUUGCAUUCCCACACCCAAACACACCAUAAAUGGUCUCUUACCGGUAUGACAGCUCUUGUCACAGGUGGAACUCGCGGAAUUGGGCAUGCCAUUGUUGAGGAAUUGAUAGGGUUUGGUGCCAAAGUGCAUACUUGUGCUAGAAAUGAAGAUGAUCUUGGUAAUUGUCUCAAGGAAUGGAAUCAUCUGGGUUUUGAGGUUACUGGCUCAAUUUGUGACGUGUCAGUUCCACAUCAGAGGGAGGUGCUUAUGGAGGAUGUUUCUUCUCUCUUCAAUGGGAAACUCAACAUCCUUAUAAACAAUGUAGGGACAAACAUUCGGAAACCAAUGAUAGACUUCACACCAGCAGAGUUUUCCACUCUCAUUGAUACCAAUUUAGGAUCAACCUUUCAUAUGUGCCAGCUUGCAUAUCCACUUCUCAAAGCAUCAGGAGUUGGUAGUGUUGUUUUUAUCUCUUCUGUUUCUGGUUUUGUCUCACUGAAGUCAAUGUCUGUUCAAGGAGCAACAAAAGGGGCAAUUAAUCAACUUACAAAAAAUCUUGCUUGUGAGUGGGCAAAAGACAACAUAAGGACUAAUGCAGUUGCACCUUGGUACAUCAGAACUUCGAUGGUCGAGCAAGUUUUGAGCAACAAAGAAUAUCUGGAAGAGGUGUACUCUCGAACUCCUCUAAGACGCCUAGGAGAUCCGGCAGAAGUGUCUUCUCUUGUUGCCUUUCUUUGCUUACCAGCAUCGUCAUACAUCACUGGCCAGAUUAUAUGUGUUGAUGGAGGAAUGUCCGUGAAUGGUUUCUCUCCAACACAGAUCUAAGAAAUGCAUCUCAAACAUACUCCUUGUAUCUCACUAGUUUUCCUCAUUAUCAGCCAUUCCUGUGGAGAAUUGGACUUGGUGAAGGCACAAUUCUGUCAAAUUUAGCAUUAUAAAGCUUUGAACCCCCACAAGGGACUGAUCAGCGAUGGGUCCGGUUUUUGUGUAAUCCAUGACUGUAUGCAGUCAUGCAGUCCAUGAAAGAUUGAAAGUUAAUUUUUGUUUAUAUUUAAAAUCGAAGAGAGUACAAAUUAAACAACAUAAUUGGAAAUAUGUCUUUUUUUUUU